UUCUAAUAUUCAAAAUUUAGAUAUGGACGAUGUUCUGGAUGUUGAAAGUGAAAUGGGAGAAAAUGUUCUGUCGUCUUUGACACCAGAGGAAGAACAGCAAUUGUUGAACGGUAGUAAUAAUAAAAAUAAUAAUCAAAAAAUUGGGGAGGAAAAUGUUCCGAAAACGAUUCAAACUCAAACCUCGCCAGCACAGUUACCACAGAAUAUUUGUUUUCCUUUCCAAAUUCCGAACAUGCCUGUUAUGACACAGCAGUUCCCAAAUCAGCAAAUGUAUGCACAAUUUCCAAAUUGUCAAAUGCCUAUGUUAAUACCCAUGUAUCCCCCACAGUUCUUGCAGUACUCACAGAUGCCGGCGAAUAAUCCACAAAAUUUUCCGCCUCAAAUGAACAUUAACCCGCAAGCUCAACCCCAACAGAAUUUCCAACAGCCAGUUACACAAGUGGCGCAGCCACCAAUCAAUAGUGAAAACAGUCAAAGACCCACAACAGAUUUUGCUGGGUUCAUGCACAGUUUUGAUAGGAUGUCUUUGUCGUGGGCAUUAGACAAGAUUCCAGAUUUGAAAGGUCCUGAAGGUGUCGAUCAAAUUAAGACAUUCUUCAAAAAAUUUGACUCUGCUACUGAAGGGAUAUCAGAUGUUGUGCGAUUAAAGGCUUUAGAGUCUAAAAUCAGCGGAAGAGCGGAAAGAGCUUUUAACACCGCGUUAGGAAAUUCCCCAUUUAUUUAUUCAUCGGUUCGACGCGAAAUGCUUCGUAUUCUCGAAACGACAGACACAAAAGAAAUUUGUGCGUUCGAUGAACUGAUGUCUGGAGUUAAGAGGCGAGAGAAUGAAAAUAUUGAUUCACUUGCUAAUAGAAUUGCAUCAUUGGUCAAAAGAGCUUACCCCGUGAUGACAAAUAAUUUAUUAGAUGAGUAUUCAAUAAAGCAUUUGAUAAGAAGCAUUGGUGACUCAAACCUUGCACUUAAUCUUGAAAUAGCUCGACAAGACGGAAUGAGUUUUGACAGCUUCGUUUCUUUGGCCGCUAGAGCUGAAUCGACGCAAAAAGCAACUCGGCAUAUAAAUUUCCAAUCUAAGCCCGCUGUCCAGCAAUUCUCACAACGUAAUACUUUUACCCCUCGAAACGAAAUUACCUGCUUUAACUGUGGAAAACCAGGUCACCUCUCACGCGAUUGCUUCUCUAAUCGAAAUAAACAAAAUAUGGCGAAAGACAACGUGGCAACUGCUACUGAAGCCAAUAGAACAUUUCUGAAUACCAAAAAUAAUAUUAAUGAGCUAUCUAGAAACACAGCAGUUUGGCAAGGAAAUGGUCAAACCAGAGCACUCCCGCCAUCAGGCAAUCAACUUAAAAAUGGUUGCAUAACUAUCCAUGACGAAAUUCCAGAAAAUCACGUCAACUCUUGCGGGAUAAACAUUUUGGAAAUUAAAGAAGAACUUAAGAAAAUUCCCGAACAAGAAGCUAAAGCGGAGAUAAUAAAGAACUCCAUAGGUCCGGUAAUGUCAAUCAAAGUUAGUGUAAAAGAUUUACCUGCAAAAGGAAUGCUCGAUGGAGGAGCUCAAAUUUCGUUAAUAAGUUCAAGUUUUCUUUUAAAAAUGCUUAAAGACAAGGGAAUUGAAUUAAAGAACAUCGGAUUUUCAAGAGCAAAAACUAAAAUUUCUGAUGUUAACGGACAAAAGCUAGAAUGCCAUGGAAUAGUUGAGUUGGAAAUAAAACGUGAAAACCAAGAAGAGAUCAAAACUUGUUUUCACAUAACGGAUGCCCCUUUUGGCUAUGACUUACUUUUCGGCACAAAUUCACUAGGCAAAUUAGGAUUUAAAUUAUUAGACGUUCCUAAUAAUGAUUUAAUCGAUUUUGGAAGUGAAGGUUUAGACCAAAACAACGAUGCAGAAAAAGUCAUUUAUGAGACACGGAUUCAAACAUUAAGCGUUGAAUUUGAGGAUGUAGGAUCCGAUGGAAUAGAACUAAACGUCUUUGAAGAUAAAGCUGGAAAUGAUAAAAAGGAAGAGAACGAAGAGUUGAAUAAAAUUAAAGAGAAGAAAUUUGAAGAAAAUCUAAAAGAAGAUGAAAAGAAAGUUGAAUUUGAAGGAAAAAGAAGUGUUUGUGGAAAAGAAUUGGCUAAGGCUGCCAAGAAAAAUUGUCGAAUAUUGAACGGCAACUUUCUUCGAAUUAAUAUGGAGCAAAAACGAAAAUUUGAUAGGAAAAGGUCAAUUUUUGUAGGAAAUCUUCCUUAUAAAACAAUAAACGAAUCAGUUAGAGCAUAUUUUUCGAAAUGUGGAAAAAUUACCGGCGUUCGUUUACUUCGAAAUAAACAAACCGGGCUUUGCAAAGGAGUAGGUUACAUCGAAUUUAUUGAUCCAGCUUCGAUUAAAAGGGCAUUUGAAUUAAAUGAAUUGACUUUUGAAGGAAGAAAAUUGAGAAUUUCCAGAAUGUAUGAAAAGAAAAAGCUGGCAAAGAUGAGAGACAAAAAUCAGAAUUUAAAAUUGAAACAUUCUAGAUUGGAAAAAGGAAUUGAAAAAUGUUUGAACCGAAGAGGAGGAUUUAAAGAAAAAAAGGUUCUUGAAACAAUUCCGAGGACGGAAUUAUCUAAAUACGAGGAGGGGAGAGGUGGUAAGGUUGAGAGCCGAUUAAUAGGCAAACGUUCGAAAAUGAACGAAAUUGAAAAAUUGAAGGCAACCCAAAUGCCAAUUCAUGAACUAGGCGUUCCGAACGUCAAAGCGAAAAUGGUCGUUCCGAGAAAUGAAAGAAGUGGAAGGAACUCAAUGAGAAAUGAUUCAAGGAGGAGCGGUCUAGGCGACCAAACCUCUAGAAGUCGUUGGAUGGGCACUGAAAAUUGGAGGGAGCGCGAUCUAGGCGAUCAACCCCCUAGAAGCCGUUGGAGUGGAAAUGAAAUUCGAAGGGAGCGUGAUCUAGGCGAUCAAACCCCUAGAAGCCGUUGGAAUGGAAAUGAAAAUCGAAGGGGGCGAGGUCUAGGCGACCGAACCCCUAGGCGCUCUGUUUUCGAGAGAAUUAGAGAGACCGUCUAUGAACCACCCCCUUUCGCAGCCGAAUACUAA